AUGGCCGCCGCCGCCUCCUCCGCCGCAAUCCCCAAUCCCUCCUCCGCCUUCUCCACUGCUUCCUCCACCACCAGAUCUCCUCUCUCCAUCCUCCGCCCGUCAUUCUCUUUUCCCCUCCGUCCAUCUCCUCGCCAAUCACUCCAAAUCUCCUGCUCCACCAACUCGAAAUCCACCGCUGCGGCUUCUCCCUCCGUCACCACCAUAGAUCCUUCGCUUUCGAUCCCUAGAUUUUCCCCCGACGAGCCCCGGAAGGGUGCCGACAUCCUCGUGGAAGCUCUCGAGCGCGAGGGAGUCACCGAUGUGUUCGCCUACCCGGGCGGUGCUUCCAUGGAGAUCCACCAGGCUCUCACUCGCUCCAGAACCAUCCGAAACGUCCUUCCCCGCCACGAGCAAGGCGGAGUUUUCGCCGCCGAAGGCUACGCUCGUUCCUCCGGCAAGCCUGGCGUCUGCAUCGCCACCUCCGGCCCCGGGGCCACCAAUCUCGUCAGCGGCCUCGCCGACGCGCUCCUCGACAGUGUCCCACUCGUCGCCAUUACCGGCCAGGUGCCGCGCCGCAUGAUUGGAACCGACGCAUUUCAGGAGACUCCGAUUGUUGAGGUAACUCGAUCCAUUACCAAGCACAAUUAUCUGGUUCUCGAUGUGGAUGACAUUCCUAGGGUUGUGAAAGAGGCGUUCCAUUUGGCUACUUCUGGCCGCCCUGGCCCUGUUUUGAUUGACAUUCCUAAGGAUAUUCAGCAGCAGCUAGCUGUUCCUGACUGGGAGUGUGAGAUGAAGUUGCCUGGUUACUUGGCUAGGUUGCCUAAGCCGCCUUGCCAGUCGAAUUUGGAGGUCAUUACUAGGUUCAUUUCAGAGUCCAAGAAGCCUGUGUUGUACGUGGGAGGAGGGUGUUUGAAUUCGAGCCAAGAGUUGAGCAAGUUCGUUGAGCUAACUGGGAUUCCUGUGGCCAGCACUUUAAUGGGGCUUGGAGCUUUCCCGGUAUCGGAUGAGCUGUCAUUGUCAAUGCUUGGGAUGCAUGGAACUGUCUAUGCAAAUUAUGCGGUGGAACACAGUGAUUUGUUGCUUGCUUUUGGAGUGAGGUUUGAUGAUCGCGUGACAGGGAAGCUCGAAGCUUUUGCAAGCAGAGCCAAGAUUGUUCACAUUGAUAUCGAUCCAGCUGAGAUUGGUAAGAAUAAGCAGCCUCACGCGUCGGUGUGUGGAGAUGUGAAGUUAGCAUUGCAGGGUAUUAAUGAGCUCUUGGAAAGCAAGGACUCUAAGAGUAAGCUGGAUUUCAAGGCCUGGAGAGUGGAGUUGAAUGAACAGAAAAUGAAGUAUCCAUUGACAUACAAGACAUUUGGAGAAGCGAUUCCACCUCAGCAUGCCAUCCAGGUUCUUGAUGAAUUAACUAAUGGGGAAGCAAUAAUUAGCACAGGGGUUGGUCAGCAUCAGAUGUGGGCUGCUCAGCACUACAAGUACAAGAAACCACGGCAGUGGUUGACUUCUGCUGGACUUGGAGCGAUGGGUUUCGGUUUGCCUGCUGCUAUGGGUGCUGCUGUUGCCAAUCCAGGGGCUGUUGUCGUGGAUAUUGAUGGUGACGGAAGCUUUAUAAUGAAUGUGCAAGAGUUGGCUACAAUUCGAGUGGAGAAUUUGCCAGUGAAGAUCAUGCUUCUGAACAAUCAGCACCUGGGUAUGGUUGUACAGUGGGAAGAUCGGUUCUAUAAAGCUAACAGAGCUCAUACAUAUCUAGGUGACCCGUCGAGGGAAUCCGAGAUAUUCCCCAACAUGUUGAAGUUUGCUGAAGCUUGCGGAAUUCCAGCAUCUCGGGUAACAAGAAUUGCAGAUCUCAGAGCGGCAAUACAAAAAAUGCUGGACACACCGGGACCUUACUUGUUGGAUGUGAUUGUGCCUCAUCAGGAGCAUGUUCUGCCCAUGAUUCCGAGUGGCGGUUCAUUCAAAGAUGUGAUCACUGAGGGUGAUGGAAGAACGAAAUACUAA